AUUAUUCAGAGUGAUGAAUGGGAAAAAUCACUACAAUUUUACUGCCUUGGAUAACCUUAUGGAUCGCCUGUGGGAAAAUAAGCUAAUUCCAGGAUUUGAAUUGAUGGGGAAUCCGUCAGGAUAUUUUUUAGAUUUUGAAGAUAAAGAACAGGUAGUAAGAUGGAGAAACUUAAUUACACUUCUGGCCAGCAGAUACAUAGAUAGGUACGGAUUGGAGCAUGUUGCUAAAUGGAAUUUUGAAACGUGGAAUGAACCAGACCACCACGACUUUGACAAUGUGUCUAUGACAGUGAAAGGGUUUCUCAACUAUUAUGAUGCUUGCUCAGAAGGAUUAAGAGCAGCCAGUCCUCUACUAAAAUUUGGAGGGCCUGGGGAUUCCUUCCACCCCUUACCCAAGUCACCCAUAUGCUGGAGUCUUCUGUGUCAUUGCUACAAUGGAACCAACUUCUUCACAGGGGAGACUGGUGUAAGGCUGGACUACAUCUCUCUCCAUAAGAAGGGAGGUGGGAGUUCUCUCUACAUCUUGCAACAAGAAGUAGAAGCAGUUGAACAAAUUCAGAAGCUGUUUCCAAAUUUUGCUUCUGUUGCCAUAUACAACGAUGAAGCAGAUCCAAUGGUUGGAUGGUCCACUCCACAACUGUGGCGAGCUGAUGUGACCUAUGCAGCUAUGGUUGUAAAGGUAAUCAUCCAGCAUCAAAACCUGCUCAUUUCCAAAGCAAAUAACACCAUCAACUACACACUGCUGAGUAAUGACAAUGCCUUCUUGAGCUACUACCCCCAUUACUUCACACAGCGGACUCUGACAGCACGUUUUCAGAUGAACAAUACAAAGCCACCGCAUGUCCAGAUGGUGCGGAAACCAGUGCUGACUGUCAUGGGCUUGCUGGCACUGCUAGGAGAAAAGCAGAUUUUUGCAGAAGUGAACAGCAGUGAAGGCGAAAGCACUCAAAACAGCACAAUUGGUGUCCUGGCAUCUGUGCACACCCCAAGUGAGAUGCAACCUUCAGACUGUUGGCAAGCUACUCUACUGAUGUAUUCAAGUGAGGAUAACAGGACUUCAUCCAACAUCAGCACUGUCACAGUGAACGCCACCCACUUCCCCAAACAUAGAGAGCUGGUGUAUGUGACAUAUUACCUGGAUAACAACCAAACCAAUCCUUACCUGAAGUGGAAAAAGCUAGGAAGCCCUGACUUUCCUUCCCCAGAACAGUUCCAGCAAAUAAGGGAUGCUGAGGACCCAGUGGUAACAGGCCCAUUCCCACUUCCUGAAGGUGGCAUCCUGACACUGAAGCAAGACCUUCCCAUUCCCUCAGUCUUUCUUAUCCACAUCUGUGCAAGACCCAGAUCUGUUCCUAAUCAAGUGACUGGUGUUCGUUUGAUCCCUCUCACAAAGGGGCAGGUCAUUGUGUUGUGGGAUGAUGGCUGUGUAAAUUCAAAAUGUAUAAAGACGUUUGAAGUGGAGUUCUCACCAGAUGGAAAAGCAUACCAGCGGAUUAAUGCCAAAGACACAAUAUUCACUCUCUGGGUCUACAGUUCAGGAAGCUCAGUCUCCGGCUUUUACAGAGUGCGUGCCAUUGACUACUGGGGCAAGGCAGGCCUGUCCUCUCUUCCUGUGGAGUAUGUUGAAGCUUUCAAGUGACUCUGAAGAGUGGCGCCUCACUUGGUGACUGAGUGGUGUAUGCUCCCUGCAAAUGACAACUCCCUACAAAAAUAAACUCCUCCCAAGCUGAGGAGGGAGUAUCGAAAGGACCUGAUGAAGCAAGUUAGGAAUGCAAGUUAGAAGCAACUGCGCAUAUUAACUCUUCAGAGCUCAAAAGACAUCGUUAUCAAACAGCCACAACUGACAACCCAACUGGUACAAUUGUAAGAGGCUGCUGUAGAACUGGGAUUCAGCUUUGUAACUAGGAAUUAUGGAAAUAAAUAUUUAUUAUUCCCUAUUUUAUACUGAGCUAAUGGCCAGGACAAGCAAAGAUUUAUAGAGGUCACAAACUGCAGCAGGAACAGGACCAUUGCUUCACUGUAUGAGUGAGGAUGGCAGCAGAGGCACAAGGAGAACGUGCCUGGGAGUGAACUGCCUGCCUCAGCUGCCAGACUGUCUUGACAUAAUGGUUUGAUGGAAAAGUGCACAGCAAUCAGACACAUCCAAAGCAUGAAGUGAAGAAUCUCUACUUCCCCGCUGGUUAGUAACACAUGUUCCAGUGGGUUAUUUCAGAGCACUUGCUAUGUCUUCAGGUGUAUGAGGUGGUUCACCCUCUCACAGAGGGGUUUCCACCCAGCUCUCCCUGCAUUUGUGGCUGCUAUUUGGAUGCCAGAGCUAUUCCCCUCACACAGGCAGAGCAAUGGGUAGCAGCUCAUCCUCAGAGGGGAAGAAGGCACAGGAAGCUCUAGCCUCCAAACUUCCCUGCCUUUUCUGCUUUCUGCUUUUGCCCAAGUCACCUGUUGGCACUGUGGCCAUCAGCCACUGCCUCUUUGUGGUGGAGGCUCUAACCCUGAAACCUCCUCUUUCUCUCCAUUUCUGUCACCUGGCCUGGCCUUCUACAGCCCUUACAGCUAAUGUCUCUCCCCAGCAUGCCUCCCCUGUCAGACUGUAAGUGACGUGAGGUUUGGCUUUGGGUGGCCAGGAGAAAGCUGAAAUGCUAGUUAGAGCCUUUUGUGUUUUCAUAUUAUAGGAGAGCACACUCUUGAAUGUAACAAACAGGGCUGCUACUGACAACCAGUUAGGAAAUGAACCAAGAACAGUUUGAGCUUCUGUGCUUUGCAAAGCAUGUGCACAAGCGUGUGAUAGCCCCAGACCAUAGGCUGCAGAACACCCUUGGCUGUCCUUGCAGCUGCCACACACUUUAUGUAACAGCAAAGUUCCCUGAAAUUGCAGGGGUGUUUUUUUUACUCUCCCCUUUUCACAACUGGCACAGUUUGAACUAUGCCUUUACAAUGCUUGUAGAGGGAAGGAUAAUGCCAGUGAAAACAGCUGGGGUGUUUUCCAUAAGAAGAGCAACUUUGUCGCACAAACAAAUCCCCUACUGUUCUCUUUGCUGACAUCAGCCACCUCACCAACAUAGCAACAAAGACUGCAUAUUUGAUGAAACAUUCAGGUCUCAGACAAAAAAAACAAGUUUGCACAGUAGGAGAGAGCUAAACUACCUCAAAUGGCCUCACUUUUACAGCACAGAAAAGAAACAUACAAAAAGUCAGUAUAUAUGAGAAGAGGCCUUGUAUCUCCUUACCUUCUGGUUACUUGUUCAUGUGCUUAUGCUGAAAGUUAGCCUUUAAAGAUUCAUUUUGUCGCAGAAUUCAGAUGAAAUAUUUCUUGCCUCACUGAAGUUUGAAUAAGGAACACUUGUCACAUCCUAAUCUGCCAAUUCCUUGCCCGUAAAGGCUUGUGCAGAACAGAAAAGGGCCAUUGGAGCCUACUUAAUUGAUAACUUUCUCAGUUUCAAAAAAGUUAGUGAGAAGUUCUACUUGGAUGGAGAUAGUAAAAAUACAUUUCAAAGCUGUUAUAACUGCCUCUCAGUGAAGAAUCAGAAUACGCAAUUAAAUAAAAUCUAGCAGUUAAGACAUACUGUUUUGCCGGUAUGGGGUGAAACCACAGGAAAAAUGACUUUUAGAAAUAUUCAAGUAUAGGUCCUUGAGAGAUUUCAGUGCGUCUGAAGCAGGGGAAGAUACAGGAGCUUGAGAGGACCGUUUACCCUGAUAGGAUGUCCUAUUUGAGUAGCCUUCUGCUUUAAAAUUUUCCCACACCGGCAAUCAGAAUAUAGCAGUCUCUAUCAAACCAAGGACCAUGCACUAGUUACAGGUGUUUCAAAAAAAAUGAAGCAUAGCUAUCGUGAAGAGUAUUGAUUUUGCUACACAGGGAUGUAGUAGAAAAUGUAUAGGUGUGCAAAUUGUGAAAAAUAGAAGAUCAAAAAUCACUGCCCUGCUUUAUUUAGCAGACAAACUUAAAUUACACCUCACACAAGUAAGGUCAGUAAUGGCAUAUAUGAGGCAAAUGAUGCAGAGCUGAUGAGUCCUGGUGGAACGUUUGGCUUUUGCGAAGGUGCAGAACAGAGAAUGGUGAUUCACUUACUCUUUCACUGUAUUGAAGUCUGUCCCUAUGGCAAGUGAUUUCCUUUAGGGCAAGUUAGCAUCUUUUAGCAGAUUUUAGGCUGCGAGUUCUGCUGGCCCAGGAUUUCUUCUUCUCAGCGGUGACAGACAUGAGGCUUGCAGCUGCCUCUUUGUAGUGGUUUGUAUGGUUUUGUCAUGCUUACUUUUUUUGUCUUGUUCAAAAGCAAAGUAAAAGUGCUGUUUUCUUUAAAGUUUCAAGGUAAAAUUUCAUACAUUAUUGUAUUGCUUAUUGAAGGCACAAAAAAGCAGAAAUUUUAUCUGCAAGGGCAGAGCUUAACAUGUUGUAGAUGCAAAUAAAAUCCAGUUUCUUAGGGUCAAGUCCAGCCACUUUGCUCUUCAAGCAACAGCUUCUGAGGCUAUGUAACAGUUUUGCAACUGUGUUUGUUAAAAUGAAUGCUAGGGAAAAACCUUUCAAAGGAGUGUUUUAUAUUGUCUAAUUGUGUAUAUAUUGCAUUUUUUACCAUCUUUUGUGCUACCCAAUAAAACCAGUUUUUAAUCUUUCGCAUC